CUUUCAUUACCCAUCAAGCCCGACGUACCGUUCUCUCUCUCUCUCUCUUUUUUUUUGCUUGGCAUUCCACAAUUCAUAUCAAUCACAAUGAACAGGCUUUUUGGUACAAAUAAACGCACACCUAAACCAACACUGAAUGACGCAAUAUCUUCGACGGACGUUCGGUCGGAUGCCGUUGAAGUCAAGAUUCGCAAGCUGGAUGCCGAACUUACACGAUAUCGCGAUCAAAUGAAGAAAAUGCGUGAAGGACCGGCCAAGGUACAGUGUCAAGCUUUGGCGGUGCAGCAAAAAGCACUACGUGUGUUGAAGCAACGAAAGCUAUACGAAGCACAACAAGAUAAUCUUCAACAACAGUCGUUCAACAUGGAACAAGCACAAAUGACAACUGAGAAUUUGCGUAACGUGAUGGCGACGGUGGAUGCCAUGCAAACUGCUAACAAGGAGAUGAAGAAACAAUACAAGAAUGUGAACCUGGAUAAGAUUGAUCAAUUGCAAGACGAGAUGGAGGAUCUAAUAGAGCAGGCAAAUGAAGUGCAAGAGUCACUGGGCCGAUCCUAUAACCUGCCUGAUGAUGUAGACGAGGAUGAUUUGGAAGCAGAAUUGGAUGCACUGGGUGAUGAGCUGAACUUUGAAGAAGAAGACGUACCCUCGUACUUGCAGGAAGACGUGGCAGAAGACUUACCAAAGGCAUCGGAAGCAGAUCCGAAGCAGCAAAAGAACGAUGUCCAGCUGGACGAGUUUGGCUUGCCGAUAGCAGCACAGACCCCUAUGAAGGCCUAGUCUCUACAUAUAUAUUCACCCCCCACCCAAACUUUUGCGCAUCAUUUCAUUGUAUCCCCUCCCCCCUCCUCCCUCCUUACCAUUGCCACCGCCACACAUACAUCCUUAACCCA